UCCAGGAAGUUGACAGCCCACCCCGGUGUAGAAGGACACAACAAGGGAUCUUUAAAUCCGCACAAAACGGCUGGAAAAACAAAAAUAUUUGGAGUCAAUUGUAUCAGAAAGACUUUCCUGGACCUUCGGAGGGGAGUAGAAGUGGACCUUGUAUAUUGUGAAAUCCUUCUUCACACCUCCACCACCCACGUCCUCCAUUAUGGAUUCCUCUGCAGUCCUCCGUCAGCAAAGGGUGGAAAUUUGUUUGUGGCAUGAAGUAUCAAAGACUGCCAAGCCCCAAAGAAGGCAAUUCAUGUCCUGUCAGUUUGAAUGAAGAAUGAACAUAAUAAAAUCUCAGUGAACCCACAGCCUUCCAAACUUGUAUUUGCACCUCACCUUUCUAAACAAGACAGUGAGAACAAAGAUCCAGGAAGGUCAGACAUGGGUAGAAAGGCCCCCGUGCGAGCAGCGGUAAGCAGGCUCCCAGUGCUCGCAAAGUCUCUGCGUCUUCCAACUCUGUCCGAAUUCACCGAGUCCCACUGUAGGUGGGAAGAGAAACCUCUGGCUGGGAAAGUUAGGAAGAAAAAACCAUGCACCAGGCCAGUGCCUUUCAACCUGUCUCAGCCCAAGAGUUCAACAGCCAGCAAAAAUCAACAGCCGCUAACUGUUUCGCAAUCUCACUAUGGCACACACGCUGUCCAACCCGAAAGCAAUGAAUGCAAUGUUCGUCUAAAGACUCAAAACAUCAAUCAAAAACCUACCAAACAUCAGGCUGUGUUCAACAGCCAUGUGGACUCAACACAUAAGUCUCAAAGAAAGGCUACAGAAAACAUAUCCCAGCUGUCGGGGCAGUCGGGGCCUCCCAGCACUUUAAAGACUUCAGCUACUUUGUCCAAUCCUCUCUCAGCCAUUCACAAUAACACUCUGCAUCAGAACAGUGCUCCUUCUGCACAUAAGCCUUCUCUCAAUGCAGAGACCUGUUUGGAAAACAUGAACCUGCUCAGCCUCAAAGAUCCAACCAGCACACUGCCUGCGAGCAAGAAGUUGACUGCGCAGGUCAAUUUCUCAAAGGGUUCAACUGACAAAGGGGAGAACUUCCAGCCCGACCAUGCAGCUUUCCUCAGUAUCCUCCGGAAUGAGGGAGUAAGCACCACAGGUCUGGGGUCUCCAACUCCACAGUCCAAACAAUAUAAUUAUACGCCUCAGCGAGUGUCUGUCAUGAAGAGUCAACAAAAAGCUGCACCCACCUCAGUAAAGUUGGUGCAGUUUUCUCUGGACCCGGCUGCACUGCAAAGUAUCCUCCAGAACGAGGGGGUGAAUGCUGGAGGGCUCGUCGGUGCCACACCACGAAAGUCCGUCUGUCCAUCAGGCAGAGGCACUUCAGUCUACAUAGCUCAGAGGGUACCGAUUAGGAAAAAUCAUGCAGAGGCGACCGGCGGACCAGUGGCCGUAGCACUCAAAGAGACUCCGCUGCAGAAAUGGACUCCACAGAGAGUCCGCGACACCAGACACCAGCCCAUGUCUGCUAUGAAAUGGCAUUUGCCGACACAACAGUCAUCGUAUGCCAACACUCCCGCGCUGAGGAGCUGCAAGACCAACCUUCAGCCGCACCAGGAGGAGGUCGUCCAGAGACUGUUUGAUGAUCAAGAGGAGGAGCAGAACACAAACGUGACAGACAAAGAUCCUGAGACACAAACAGAGCAGCUCUCAGUUCAAUCCUCGAGUACUAAACCCCACUGUGAAGGGGGGGUAGAGACGACCAGUGAGGAUGAGGAGGAGCGCGAGCACGAGCAGAGGACAGCAGGAGGGCCGCCGUUCUUCCAAGCACCACAAAGAGAGUCUGUCAUUUUUUUCUCAACGGGCAAAAAGCUCUUCAGAGCUCCACGUUUUGAGAAGCAGGAGAGCUCGUGUGAUCCGGAUCAGCAUGACGCGGUUUCAUCUGAACCAAUGUCGUCUGUGUCAGAACCAACCUGUCGGACGAACCAUUCUGUUCACAGUCUACACCGAGACAUCAUUGUUCAGAAGAGUUGUGGUCUGAGUCCGGCGGUGGCGUUGCUGCGUAAACGUCUUCCCCCUCUUGAGGAGCUGCGUAUGGACGAGGAGGUGGCCACCUACACCUCGGUGUCCGUCGCCACUGCUCCCGGGUUUGUUCCACCUCGGCCUCGCUGUGGAAACCCACUGGCUUCCAUCCUGCACAUGGAAGAGUCCUCGAGAUUUGUUCCGAUUGGCCUCGAUCUCUCCUCCGGUCCUUCUUCUCCGCAGCAGGAGAGAUGAUUUGCACAACCACCACAGUGUUGGUUUUGACUGUGAAAAUCCAGAGUGGAUAAGCAAGUGGACACUAGUGUACUGACGAGACUGUCUUUAAAGGAACUGAUGAUGUUUGUCCAACACUGUUGUUGCCAGCCUUAAUACAGAUCCAAAGAAUGCUGCUGGUAAAAUUUUUUGAAAUCAUGAAUCUUUUUGUCUUAUAAAUGUUUAUAUCUACUUUCAAUAGAUGGUUUCUUAAAAAAAAGAAGAAAAAAAAUAGAGUUAUAUGAGGCCUCUUUUGUACUGCAUGUUUGUUAGUAAUGUAGAUGCAGUGUUUCUAGCGUGAUACUGAAUGUGGGAAAAACAAACGUUGUAAAAGGUCAAUGGAGGCACGUCGUCAGUGUUAAACCUAUAGUAUGAAUAUAGAUCAUGAUGUUUCAGAGCAUCGGGAUUUGUUGUUAUAUUUGCCAAACUCAAAUCGUGUUGUGUAGAUUGUAUAAAGUAAAAAGUUUUCAUUGAGCAGUGUUGGCAAUGAAUGUAUAUAUGAUGCUGGCGAGUCAUGUUUGGUUUUUUUUGUGCUUGAAAUGUUGUAUAGGGGCAAUCUGCCAAUUUUGCUCGUAAAGGUUCAGAACUACUGGGUCUGUGAAAACAGUAUAAUGUCUCCAGUGGCUUUGGAGUCCGCUUUCUGAAAUCUGAUCAAAUGUCUGUCAGUGUGGAGUUAGUUGCCAGGCAGGGAAGGUUAAUCAAUGGGCUGUACUAUUUUCCAUUGUUAAACUAUUCUUUUAUUAUUGACUGUUGAAACAAGCAAUUUGACAGUAAUCUCGGGUUCUCACAACUUUUAAUUACUUUAAUACUUUCACUAUUUUCAACUUGGAAUUUAUGAAAUUGAUUUCCAGAUGUUUUCAUAAUGAAAAUUAUUUCUGAUUGCA